CCAGUAAUCGAAAAAGCAACAAGAGAGGCAAGAGCUGGAGUUAAGGAUAAAGCGUCAAAAGAAAAAAAGAUAUUGACUGUUGGAGUUGUAACCAAACCAUAUUCCCUU